GGGGUGGUGGGGCACGGGCGCGUGCGCGCUGCGGCCGGGGCGCGGGCGGCAGACGCGCCGCGAUGGUGGGCCGCGACAGCCGCUCGGAGAGCGCGGCGCGCCCUUUGGCGCCGCGGCAUGAGUAGCGCGCCCGCCCGGCCCGGCCCGCGCGCCCGCCAUGGCGCAGGCCGCGCCCGCGCCCCAUCGCACCCACUCCUUCGCGAAGAAGACCUUCCACAAGCCCACGUACUGCCACCACUGCUCCGACCUGCUGUGGGGCCUCAUCGGGCAGGGCUACGGGUGCGAAGUGUGCAACUUCAUAGUGCACGAACGAUGCGUGGGGCAAGUGGUGACGCCGUGCUGUGGGGUGGCGCCGAGCCUUAUCAAGAAUCCAGUGGCUCACUGCUGGUCAGAGCCCACUCACCACAAACGCAAGUUUUGCACGGUGUGUCGAAAGAGGCUCGAUGAAUUACCAGCCUUACAUUGUAUGAUAUGCGAGUACUACGUCCACGGCGAGUGCGUGGACUUCGCGGCGGCGGACUGCAAGGAGAACGCGACGUACUGCGCGGGCAGCGAGCCGCGCCACGUGCACCACUGGCGCGAGGGCAACCUGCCCGGCAACUCCAAGUGUGCCGCCUGCAGGCGCGCCUGCUGGUCCGCCGAGUGCCUCACCGGCUACCGCUGCGAGUGGUGCGGCAGUACGUGUCACGCCGGAUGCCGCGCCCUAAUCCCGGAAGAAUGCAAUUUCGGCAUGCUGCAGCCGAUCUUCCUGCCGCCGUCGGCGGUCUCCAUCCCGCGCACGGAGGUGCCGAUGGAGGCCAUCAUCGGCGUGCACGUCCGCCCGCCGCCGUCGCAGCGCGACUUCGGCUGCCCUCGCAGCGUGAGCGAGGAGUUCAGCUCGGGCUGCGAGGGCCGUUCGGGCUCCGGCGGCGGGUCGACCGGCGCCCCCGCCGACCAGGACCACAAGCCGGACCACAAGCAGCACAGGGACCGGACGCCUGACGACAGGGAUGAAGUAGUGAAGGUGUACGACGGCGAGGCGGCAUGGUCGCGUCGCCUGUACCGGCCCGUGGUGGUUGGACGCAACUGGAACGAGCGGGAAUUGGUCGCGGCGGCGCUGCGGGCGUUCCAUGUCGUACGGGACCCCGACUUGUUCGAGCUGACGGACGCGCUAGCCGGCGACGAGCCGCCGCUGCGGGACCCCACGCCCCUGGCGCGCGUCACGCGGCUGCCUAACAAACGGCCCGCCCUGUUCCUUCGCUUCAAGGAACUAGAGACUGGUGGCGGCGAGGUGAGAGUGUACCCCGGGCGGGUCGCGGGCGCCGGCGACACGUUUGUGACGGUGGAGUGCCGCGGAGAGGAUGCCGUCACAGACCUGAUGGCCGCCGCGCUCGAGAGAUUCGGCCUUGACCCCACCACCGCAGCCAACGACUACCGCUGCUCGGAGAUCCUGCUCGACCGGGGAGUGUCGGAACGCGUGCUUGAAGAGGAGGAGCGGCCGUGGCGGAUCGUAGUGCGGCUUGCGCGCGAGUCGGUGCGGCGUAUGGAGCUGGCACGCUUCUACCUGCAGCCGCGCCGCGACCCACAUGGGCCCACGCUGGCCCUUUUCGUAGCAUCGUUGCCGCCCGGCCUCUCCGAGCGCAACUACGAGAACAUCCUGGUCGAGUUUCUGGGAGCAGAAAACAAGUUCACUUCGAUCGGACCGAUAUACUACGAAUACGGGUCGAUGGUGAUCACGUAUGAAGACGCCAGUAAGGCAGUGAGAGCGCUGUACGCGCUGAGAGAGGCCAAAUAUGAAGAUAAGCAUUUAUUAGUGAUGCUGCUGCCCAGCAUCGAGCCGUCGAUGGUGCCGGCGGGCGUGAAGCCUCUGCUGGUGUUCGUGAAUGUCAAGUCGGGCGGCUGCCAGGGGCUGGAGCUCAUCUCCUCCUUCCGGAAGCUCCUCAACCCCUACCAGGUGUUCGACUUGGAGAACGGCGGCCCGCUGCCUGGGUUGUACGUGUUUCGUCACAUUCCCAAUUACAAGAUCCUGGUGUGCGGCGGCGACGGCACCAUCGGCUGGGUGCUGCAGUGCCUCGACAACGUCGGCCAGGACUCGCAGUGCUCCAACCCGCCCUGCGCCAUCGUACCGCUCGGGACAGGCAACGACCUGGCCCGCGUGCUACGCUGGGGCUCGGGCUACACGGGCUGCGAGGACCCGCUGUCGCUGUUGCGUGACGUCAUCGACGCGGAGGAGAUCCGACUCGACCGCUGGACCGUCGUGUUCCACCCCGAGGACAAGCAGGACGAGCCCAAGGAGCUCUCCAAGCAGCUACCAGCGUCUGUGACCACAGGAUCGCAGAGUGAGGACAACUCGCAGAUUCUGGUGAUGAACAACUACUUCGGCAUCGGCAUUGAUGCUGACCUCUGUCUGGACUUCCACAACGCUAGGGAGGAGAACCCUAACAAGUUUAACAGCAGAUUACGCAAUAAAGGUGUGUAUGUAAAGAUGGGUCUUCGCAAGAUGGUGGGUAGGAAGAUGUGCAAAGAUUUGCACAAAGCCGUCAAGCUAGAAGUGGACGGAAAACCUGUGGAUUUGCCCGCUGUCGAGGGCAUUAUCAUAUUAAAUAUACUCAGCUGGGGAUCUGGCGCCAACCCGUGGGGUCCGGAGAAGGACGACCAGUUCAACAAACCCAACCAUUGGGACGGCAUGCUGGAGGUGGUCGGCGUCACCGGCGUCGUGCACCUCGGCCAGAUCCAGUCCGGCCUGCGCGGCGCCAUGCGGAUAGCUCAGGGUGGACACAUCAAGAUCAACCUGAAGAGCGAGAUCCCCGUGCAAGUGGACGGCGAACCGUGGGUGGCGGCGCCCAGCGAGGUGGUGGUCCUCAAGUCCGCCUUGAAGGCCACCAUGCUCAAGAAGCGCGGCAAGGUGCGCCGCCGGAACACGGAGCCGGCGCUGGCGCCCGCGCCGCCGCACGCGCACGCGCACGCGCCGCCCAUGCCGCCCGUGCCGCCCGUGCCGCCGCCCCCGCCCCCGCCGCCGCCCCCGCCGGACUCCUGAAUCUGGCUCAGCGAGCGCCUCAUCUAGCUGCGCCGCCUCGGGCUCAAGGCGUGCGCCGCCGGCGCUCGCUCGCACCGCCGACCCUGUAAAUAUUACCCCACCGGUGAUCGAACAACUAUGUACUUACUGAAAUUGAUUAAUAAACUUGAAUAAAUCGAUGAGAACAAAAGAAAAUACAACAAAACCGAAAUAAUAUAUAACUUAUAAUAAAUAAAAAAAUAAAUUUAUAGUCAUUAGUUGUUGUUUUAUUUGGUUUUUCUAGUUCUCUUAUCCGGUUGAUUACGUACGAUGAUGAUCAGUUUUUUUGGGAAUGUGUAAGAUAAUAUGAAUAAAUCACGAUGAGAUAUGUAAUGUUGAGCGUUUUCAUUGAUUCCGUUUUCGAGAGCUAACCCCGCUAGGAACAUGCAAUACUUGUAGGUUUAAAAAAAUAUAAGGUAAGUGA